AACCCUGUGCGCGCCCUGCUGCUCUAUACAACUCUGCGUUCUUGCCAUUUUUUUUUCUUCCCCCAAAGUGUAAAAGAUAUUGAUUCAUAUUGAAUCUGUGGCGAGAAAACAACAAAGUUAAGCACAACGAUGUCAGGCAAUGGGAGUGGGAAUGCAAAUGCCACAGAAACAGCAGCAUCAUCACCAUCAAGAACAGGUGGCGAAAAUAAUGCAGAACCCGCCGCCCCGGCCGCUGCUGCCGCUGCCGUCCCAGACGUUGCGGCAGUGAAAGAGUUGGACACGGGUGUCAGUUGCAAGGGCAAUGAGGCGGCGAUAAGCAAAGAUUCGACACCGCCAACAACAAUGGAGACGUCGCCGAUUCUGACGAUGCCGCAGCAAAUAGAAUCUGUAAACAAAACGGCGAAGGUGGAAAACAACGCAGAAGACGACACCACCCACGGAAAUGCCAAUGCGCCACUAGCAACAGCCACAAACACAGACGCAGUACAGCAACAAAAACAACAACAAGAGACGCCGCCACAGCAAGAGACAGAAUUUUUGCCAGGCAAUGGGAAUGGGAAUGCAAAUGCCAGAGAAACAGCAAUAGAAGCAGCAGCAGUACCAUCAGCGGAUGAUUUGAACAGCAAUAAAACAGAAGAGCGCAAUCACAAGAAGAAGAAAAAAGAUAAGGAACGCGAACGGGAUGAAGAUAAGAGUCGUCGCAACAGCAGCAGCAACAACAGCAUCAGCAAUAGCAACAGCUCCAGCAGCGGCAGCAAGAAUCGCGAUCGUGAUCGUAGGCGUGAAGGUGAAAGCAGCUUGAAAUCCUCCUCUUCCUCAUCCGCUAGCGAUCACAAAUCCAGCUCUUCACGCAGCAAGGACAAGAAAUAUCAUAGAAGCGAUCGGGACAGGGACAGAGACAGAGAGCGGGACCGCGACAGGGAGAAGGUCCCAUCAUCAUCGUCUAGUUCCUCGUCACAUUCGCAUCGACGCCGCAGCUCGGACAGCAGUCGCAGCAGCAGCAAUACCAAUACCAGUUCCAGCAAGCUCCAAAAGGAUCAGGAGGUGCUUCAGCAGGCCGUGGUGGCCGUUCUCCAGCAGCAAAUCAAAGUGGAGCCAAUCAAAGUGGAAGAAGGAAUCAAGCAAAUCAAAGUGGAGCCAGACGUAGCAGCUUCUGUUGCUCCUCCCAAGGCAGAGCCAGUACUUAGUAACCUCAUCAAAAACGAAUUGGAUAUCAAAAAGGAGGUGGCCAGCAGUGUCAAGGUGAAGCCAUUGAUGAAUGGCGAUGCAACAGCGACCAAAACCCGUGACGAGGUCACCCGCCAGCUAAACUUUAGCGCCAGCAAGAACUGGAAGAGCUCCUCCUCUUCCGUACUUAUGCCUUCGCCGGCGGCCAAGACUUCAUCCUCGUCGACCAACAGCAGCAGCAAUAAUCAUUCCUCGAGCCUAAACAGCAGCCGUAAAUCGUCCUCCUACUCCUCCUCCUCCCGUCACUCAUCCUCGUCUUCGCGCGACUGCUCCAAGUGCUACAGGCGCUCCAAAAUACGUCGCACCAGCGUUGGCGUACAAUGCGUGCCGCCGGCGCCAGUUGCUGGACCCUGGCAGACGGUUCAGAGUCUGCCACCGACGCCCAAUCGCAAGGCACCCGCAGGGCUGGAAAAUCUCAAAUACGGCUGCUACUUCCAGGUGGAGCAGUACCCGAACGGUGGCGCCUCUAUAGUUCAUCUGUAUCAGCACGAAAUCGAUGAUCUCUCGCCACAGGAAAUGGAGGAGCUGGUAGAUGAGUUCUUUAGCGUUUGCUUUGCCGAGGAUGAGCAGGGCUAUGCGCAUCAUGUGAUGGGCAUUGUGCACGAUUCGGCACGGUAUAUACCCGAUCUGCUGGAGCAUAUGGCUGAGAACUAUUCCACGCUGACGGUAAAGGCUGGCGUCCUGGGACGCAAUUCGGACAUUGAGACCUGCACGAUGUCACAGUACAACGAACAGGUGGUUCGUAACUACUGCCAGGGCACUUUCCGCUAUGGACCGCUGCAUCAGAUCAGUCUGGUGGGCAAGGUGCAUGAGGAGGUUGGCGGCUAUUUUCCUGAUCUUCUGGGACGCAUCGAAAUGAAUCCCUUUCUGCGAAAGACCAUGCCCUGGGCUUGUAAUUCCAUACUGCAAACGGAUCCGCGUCAAUCGAACGAUGGACCCAUUCUAUGGAUACGCGCUGGCGAGCAGUUGGUGCCCACAGCGGAACUGAAUAGCAAGACGCCGCUCAAGAGACAAAGAACUCGCAUAAAUGAGCUGCGCAACUUGCAAUAUCUUCCACGUCUUUCGGAGGCGCGCGAGACCAUGAUUGAGGAUCGCACCAAGGCGCAUGCCGAUCAUGUGGGGCAUGGACACGAGCGUAUCACAACUGCAGCAGUCGGCAUUCUGAAAGCCGUUCACUGUGGACAAUCGUAUACACAGAAUCGCAUCACCAAGGAUGUGGUUGCCUUUGCCGCUCAGGACUUCAAUACCAUGGUGGAGAUGCUGCAGUUGGAUCUGCACGAGCCGCCCAUCUCGCAGUGCGUCCAGUGGAUCGAGGAUGCCAAGCUGAAUCAGCUGCGACGCGAAGGCAUUCGCUAUGCCCGCAUCCAGCUGUGCGACAAUGAUAUCUACUUUCUGCCACGCAACAUCAUCCAUCAGUUUCGCACGGUGACGGCCGUCACAAGCGUUGCUUGGCACCUGCGCCUCCGUCAGUAUUAUCCCGGCCAGGAGGUGAUCAACGAACAGAAUAAUCCUGUGCUGGCCGAGACACCGCAUUACAAGGAGAAGCAAACCAUUUUACCCAAUCCCAUUGGUCACGACGAGUGUGGCAAGAAGACUCCAUCGAAGCGCGGCCACGAUGGUGGCAAGAUGGCCAAGAAGAAGCUCAUCGAUUUGGAUGGCAAGGAGCGUCGCUCGAGUGAGAGCAGCAUGGAUGAUGCGGGCAACGCCUCGCCACGGCAGAGCCACCAGGAUAACGGCAGCAACAGCAGCAGUCCAAAUAUCAACAGCAGCGGCAGCGGCAGUGGCAGCAACACCCCGAAGAAGAAGCCCAGCAAAGAUGACUCCAAGAUAGACAUGAGGAAAAUGGUCUUGGAGCACAAGUACAAGCUCACAAAGGCAGCAGCCACAGUUGCCGAGAGUCCCGCAGAGAAGGAGAAGCAGCCCAAAAAGGACAAGGAAAAGUCGCGUGAGAAGGAGAAGGAAAAGGAAAAAGAAAAAGAGCGACGCUGUGAACACAACACAACCAAAAAGCAACACCAGUCGUCGUCAUCGCCCACAUCUUCGCCGACACCAGCUAAAAUGCCUCGACUGACCAGCUCCAAUUCAGCUCCAGCUUCAGUUUCAGCUCCUGCUGCUGCUGCUACUGCUGCGGCUGCUCCUGCUCCAUCUCUGCCUUCGAAUGUCAUUGUGGCUGGACUGCCGCCGCCAUUAGUGCCUCAGACACCCUUCAACCAUCGCGAAGCCUACGUCAACAGCCUGAAUCAAAAGGAACCCGAGAUCAAAAUCGAAGUGAAAAUUGUUUCGGACGAGCCAACGACCAGUCGAAGUGAUACGAUCAUCAGCGGCAGUAGCUCCUCCAGUGUGCCGCCGCCGCCGCCAGCACUGCUUCCAAGAGAGCCCACAGAUCCCGUGGAGAAUGUGGGCAAUGAGUUGAUUGUCGAGAGCACACCCCAAUUGGUGGUCGAUCACGAGGAGGAGGUAACGGAGGUGUGUGCCGAGGAAAUUGUCGAGAUGGAUAUGACCAUACCUGAAGAAUCUGCUCCAGCAGCUGCUGCUCCACCCGCUCCCACUCCCACUCCAUUUGCGGCUAUGCCAACGCUUGUAGUGGCUCCUAUUAUCAAUCCUGCUUCGGCUCCUGCUCCUGCUGCUGCUAUGCCGCCACUAAAAUUUGCUCCAGCAUCUAAUCUUAAUCUUAAUCCUACGCCAACUCCCACACCACUUGCUGUUGCGCUGCCACCGCUACCCGCAGGUCCUGCACUCCCCACCCUGAGUCCAGCGCCCACUGGGCCCCCACUUCCCACCCUGAGUCCAGCGCCCACUGGUCCCCCACUUCCCACCCUGAGUCCAGCGCCCAAUGCUCCGCAAAUUGUUAAAGUCGUUAUACCCUCUACAAUGGCGCCUUUUGGCAGGAUGUCUGUGGUUUUGCCCACGCUAACAGCAGCACCGCCAUUGCCCCCAAUGCCGCCCCUACGAGCAGCUGCACCACCGCCGCCUCCACCCAGCACGACCACCACAGGAACAGCUGCAGCAAUCCCGAUGAAGACCACCUACAAGACGUUUAGUUUGCCCUCACACAAAAUCAUCAUUGCUGGGCCCGGCACAGGGCACAGUCGGGUGGCCACAAGCCACAAGGGGGUGGCCAAGACACCCGUGGAUCUGCUGGGCUCCAUAAUGGCCAGCAUGGACAAGCCGGCAGCGGGAGGCAGCUCAUCGGUCAGCAAUCCAUCAUCAUCAUCAACCCUACCCUCAUCGACAACAUCCUCAUCGGCAACAACGAAUAGCGCGCUCUCCUCCUACACAAACUCCAGCAGCAGCAGCAGCAGCCACAGCUAUUGAGUGCGUGUCGGUGUGGGAGCAGAGCGGGCGAGCUGAGAAGAGGCUCCUACAUGGACUUUCUUGAUUGUACAUUUACGAUAUCCGCCGCUAGAUUCCGUCUAACGCAAUCCGAGCGGAACGUGUAUUUUUUUUAAUGUUUGUUUUUUAAUUUCGGGAAAUUGCUUACACUAGAAAAGACACGCAGUGUAAUUCGAUUCCCCCCUCACACCCAACCACUGUAUAUAGGCAAAAGGCUUGAAACACACACACACACACACACAUACGAUACACCCUAUAUUUGAUAAUGAAAGAAACGUAAGAAACCAGUAGAAUUAAGCUCAAAAUGCGACACUUGAGAUAGAGAUGUAGUUUUCUAAUUUAUUUACACCACACACACGCAUGCACUCUUUAGAUACAACAAUUGAACAGUUUUUAAUGCCAGGACAGGAUAGGACAGGACUGGACAGGAGGGUACCUACAAGUGUUAUAUUGUGUAGUUUGUGGCACCUUAUAUAUACCUUUAUAUACCUUACAUAUAUAUGUAUAUCAUGUGCACACACAGUAAUCGUUAAAAGUGAGCAAAGCCAAGCCAAGCCAAGCCCGCCAAGUGCUUGGCAGAGAGAUCCCAGUUUCAUUUCCUUCUGAACUACUUUUUUGAAAAGUGUUUUGAACGUGCGUAGAACAAUACACACAUUGAUAAUUAUGAUAUAUACUAUAUACACCAUAUAUAACUCUAGACCUUAAGCCAGCUUACACGUUGAUGAAACAAUAAAGAUUCGGAUCGUACA